UUAUGUUUCACGGAUCCUAAUGGCGUAGGCCCAGUGUAUAGCGGGGCCACUCAAUCAUUCCCAUACUGCUAGAAUAGUGGCGGGACCAUUUUUUAUGAUCCUAUUCACCAUUGUCUAGUUCAUCCUCUUGAGAUUAGCGGAGACGAUCCACGCCCGAUUGAUGUCAGAUAGGGCGAGGUAAUGUCAUGAUGGCUUCGCCCUUCUUCGUCUAUGCCAUCCACCUAGUACGUCACUGGCGAAGUAUCGACGUCGCGGACGGUUAUGCGGACGGUUGUGCGGACGAAACUGAGAAACAAAUAAUGAAUACAAAUACCAAUUGAAAGACGCUCUCUUUCAACUUAUUUCCCAUCAUCAAACAUUCAAAACAACAUCUACCAAGCACAGUCAUCACUUGCCCCUGAAGUCUCAUCCCGAAAAGACUUCCACUACAACUCAAAUCCAUCCACAUACAAAACAAGUCAUCAUGUUCUCCAACACCAUCACCCUCAAGACUGCCCUGCUCGCCACUCUGGCAGCAACAGCACAAGCCGCCGCCGUCCCCCAGAGCGACAACAAGGCGGAGAAGCGGGGGAUCCCCGACAACAACGCGUCGAUCCUGACCUGCUUCCGGCUGAACGACGCCUCGUGCGGGAUGACGGCCAGCUACACCAACGGGCAGGAGCGGCAGACGGUGAGCUACGGCAACUCGGGCACCGUGGGCUGCGCCAUCUCCAUGCUCAACGAGCACUCCAACGACGCCGGGUUCUGGGUCAACGUCGACAUCGUCGGCAGCACCCCGGGCGGCAACAUCGGCUGGAAGCCCAACGGCAACAAGAUCGAGCUCGGCAAGGCCACCACCAGCAACGAGGACGCCGACUACAUCACCAAGAGGUGCCAGGAGGAGUUCACCUGGGGCAACGGCAAGGUUGAUACGAGCAAGAGCGGCGAAAGCUACUGGAACGAGCUGGACACGAAGCUGUAUUAGAAAUAGAAAAAAUUUUCUUCUUCUUCUUGGCAACUACGCAAAGGAAUGCGACCCGUUGCCUGUACAAGUACGGACGAGCUUCAUUUCUAGUGCGAGGUUCUGGAACUGAUAGACAUUAUUUGGAGUACGGGGUGUCACGGUACUGGGUUUCCAAUACACGGUGCGAAAUCGCCAGAGGGGUAGCAUAUUAGUAGGAUUACUAUUCAUGGCC